GACUGUACUUUUACGUCUGUGGGUCCCAAUUGCCCACCCUCCUGCCAGCUGCCCCCACCACCAGUCAUGUCUCAGGGCCAGAAGAGUCAGCAUUGCAAGCCUGAGGAAGAACUUCAGGCCCCAAGAGAGGCACAAGGCCUGGCGGGUUUGCAGGCUUCCAUGGCUGAGGAGGAAGCCGCCACCUCCUCCUCCUCCUCCUGUCCCUCUCCUUUGAGCCAGGGCACCCCAGAGGAGAUGCCUGCCACCGGGACACUGAGCCCUCUCCAGAGUUCUCAGAGAGCCUGCUCCUCCCCCACUGCCAUCGCAGCCACUCCAUCGAGUCAAGCUGAUGAGAGUUCUGGCCGCCAAGAAGAGGAGGGGCCCAGCACCUCGCAGGCUGCACCGGAUCCUGAGUCCUUGCUCACCGACGACGUGCUCCACAAGAAGACGGCUGAAUUGGUGCAGUUCCUGAGCGUCAAGUAUAUAACAAAGGAGCCCGUCACAAAGGCAGAGAUGCUGAAGAGUGUCAUCAAGGAGCACGGAGCCCACUUCCCUGUGAUCUUCAAGGAAGUCUGCGAGUGCAUGGAGGUUGUCUUUGGCAUCGAAGUGAAGGAAGUGGACCCCACCAGCUAUUCCUAUGUGCUCGUCAAAACGCUAGGCCUCACUUACGAUGGGAUGCUGAGCGAUGACCAGGGCAUGCCCAAAACCGGCCUCCUGGUACUUAUCCUGGGGGCCAUCUUCAUGAAGGGUAACCGUGCCCCUGAGGAGAAAAUCUGGGAAGUGCUGAAUAUGAUGGGAGUGUUUGCUGGGAAGAACGACUUCAUCUACGGGGAGCCCAGGAAGCUCAUCACCAAAGAUCUAGUGCAGGAGAAUUACCUGGAGUACCAGCAGGUCCCCAACAGUGAUCCUCCACGCUACGAGUUCCUGUGGGGCCCACGAGCCCACGCGGAAACCAGCAAGAUGAAAGUCCUGAAGUUUUUUGCCAAGAUCAGUGGGACUGACCCCACUGCCUUCCCAUACUGGUAUGAGGAGGCGCUGAGAGAUGAGAGAGAACGGGCCCGGGUCGGAGCUGCUGUGGACGAUGCCACUGCCGCGGUUCAGGAAAGCUCCAGUGUCACGUCCAGCAGCCCCUCCUGCCCUCAGUGAAGUCUGAGGAAGAUUCUUCACUCUUCAUUUGAAGGCAAUGGCCAAAGAUCUAAGUAGUGGAGGGCCAGACUGGAUCUGGACAGGACAUAGUAUCCACCAUCUUUGUGUUCCUGUUCAAUGUGGGUGAUAUGGAGAUGUAUUGUUUUUUUGUUUGUUUGUUUCAAUUGUUGUUCCUUGUAAUAAAAAGUUUAAUUAGCUUCAGAA